CCAGCCUUCCCCAUCUCUAUGGCCUCCGCCGCCAUCAGGCGCGCCUCAGACCCGGAAGCGGAGCCGAAGCCCGGGCCAUGCGACGGCCGCUGCCAUGGAGCCGCCGGACACGAGGGUCCUUUUCUCACCUGAGGAAACCCCGCUUUCUCCGUGUCCAAAUGAUGCCGUAAACUCUCCGCUGCCGAAUCUAAUGCCGAGGCAUCAGGAACUCAUCCCAACUCCAUGUGGGCCUAUCAAGCCAUGGUCAGAAUUGUCCUCUCCUGUCAAGAUUUACUUCUGCGUCACCAUCCUCUCCCUGUUGAGCGUCAUUGGAUUGACCAUAGAGAACCUUGGCCAGCAAAAGGAUGAAGAUUUCCCCGUCUCUCUCAUUCAGUUGAUUGGAGUCGUCUUCUGCAUUUACUAUGUGGGCCGGGGGAUCCUGCAAGAGAAUCGCCAGGAGCUCAUUGUCUUUGUCCUCUCAAUCUCACUGGUCAUGCUGCGCUCCAUCGUCAACUUUACAGUGCUCUCCGCCAAGCAGAAGCCAAAGUUGCUCGCUCGCUUCAUCUUGAUCCUAUUGGUCGGUGCCUUUGAUGUGAUCUGUGCUGUCAUCCUGAUCCAGAGUGACAGCAUGAUGGCCUUCCGGGUCGGCGGGGCCUUGGAGAGCCUCCAGGCCCAGUAUUUCAUGCUGAACCUCUGCUUUUCUAUGCUGACCUUUGACUUCCAGGUUCAGCUCUGCUUGUGUGUUCUGCUUCUUACCACUAUCCAGACGAUCUCAGUCCUCCACAUUGUCUUAUUGUCAGUUGGGAUUCUCUGGGCUAUCCUGAAGGUGACAUGCGGCAUCAUUGCUAUCUUAAAAGAGUUAAAACCAUUCACCUGGAUUUUUCUGAGUCAGAAUUUACCUGAAGUGGCUUAUCUGGUCUACCUGCUUUACAUGGUUAUCAGAGAGUGGGGCCAAGGGAAUUCUUAUGCUCUGGAAGCUGCCAUCAUUACCUGCUCUUGCAUCUCUGUAAUUAUCAAAAGCGUCCUGUUCUGGGCAUUGUUCCAUGUCUACUACAGCUUUGGGCAAGGACUGAGAGAAAGGAUGUUUUCUUCCUAUGGAAGAAUUGAUUCAUGAAGCAACUCUCCUUUGUCGAGUUUGAUGCAGCGCUCUUAUAGAGUGAAAAUGUUCAAGAUCUGCUCCUGCCUGUCCCCAGGCCUUUCUUGGGAAAGUGAGGCUGAAAGAGAGACGUUAGGCAGAAGAGCAACCACAAAACUCAAGUAGACAGUGUUUGCCUGCUGCUCCAUGACUGGGCUUCAUAGUUGGGGAAGUGUUUCGCUGUCUGGUUGGGUCUCCUUGCUGAAGCAGCUUAGUCUCAUAACUCUGACAAAUUCCCGAAUUAAUCAAACAUUGGUGAACCGCUCUGAACUGGAGGCCCCAAACCGAAAAGACAGACCUUAGAAGGCAAUGCUUGUGGGUUCUGGUAAAGAGUCACAUCUACUUUAUGGUUGCAAGCCAAAUGUGAGCUUUCUUGAAACUGAAACCGCUGGUCAGAAUGCAUAGGAACCGGGACCCCCUCAUCUUGUACCAAGUAAAACAUCUACUUGAUGCCAGCAGCUUCUACAGAGCUCCUUAAGAAUAGAGAGACUGCAGAGGUCCAAGGCCUAGGGUCUUAUCCAGUACCUUCAAGGCUGUAGGAGUUCUGCUUUAAUGGCUGUUGCAUUUUGUUUCUCUUUGGGGUCUAUGAGGGCCAAUGGGACAACUACCAUCUGGAGUUGCUGUUUUGCCCCAGAAUGGACUCACUUCUGGAAGGAGGAGGAGGGGUAAUAACACAAACCCAAGCAUGCAGUAUGAUGAGAAGUGAUCCAUCAGAGUGAGAGAAAGCAGUAUCCCUGUAGGAUAAAUAAUCUGCCCUCAAGCUUUUGGGAGCACUUAAGACCUGUCAGGCUGGGGAAGACCGUUAGACUUUGGUGGCUAGAGAAGUACAUGGAUCUCUUAAGAGAACCCUCCCUGGCAUUCACAACACAAGGUUCCCAAGGUUGGAGUAGCACAUGCUGCCAGCUCUGAUCCUCUUGGCAGCUGGUGACCCUUCUAACUACUUAUAGGUCUUGACCUUUCCAGAGCCCAAGGAGCUGGAUAUGGAGUCUUCUCUGCUGCUUUCCUAGAAAUUAAACUGCUUAAUGUAAGAGGAAUGUGCUGCAGUACAGAACUUUGUUCACUUAAAGUUUAAUUUGCAAGACAGCUGCCCAAUAUGAGGCUACAGAAACCUAGGCUGUUAUUUAAUACUUAAUACUUGCUCCUCUAUAUGCAGAAGCAUGGAUCUCGGUGCCUAUGCUUUGCUCUGCUUGGAAGCCACACAGUCCUUGGUUCACCACCAGCCAUUGGGUUGACCAUUCCAGCUUUUACGGGCUAAAACUGUGGCAUUUUGCUUGUGUCUGUAUUGGCAUGACUGAUUUCGUGCUAAAGCAAAACAACAACAUAAACUACUACUUCUGCCUCCAGGACAAACCUUCUGGUGAUUUUGUUUUUGUUUCUGGUCCUCUUCUUUCAAAAUAACCAAGUAUGUUUUUGUAAAAGGAAUCUUUAUUACUAAUAUUAAAACUUUGUUAAUAUAUUAAGAGGUUGUUACUGAGCUUGUAUUUUUUAAUAAAGUGUUGAUACCAACAA